AUGGACAAUAUGGACGCCGACCAGAUCCGCAAUAAGCGGCUGGCUAAGCUUGCUUCCCAAGCUACCAACUCUUCAUCGUCACCAAACGAAGAAUCUCAGCCUUCCUCGAAUGCCGCCUCACCUGCACCAGCCCCUCAGCAGCAACUCCCGCAGCCAAGCUCUUCUGGCGGAACGAAGCCAGAGCCAGACUCUGAUGCAAAUACUCACACGGAAAUGAAGCGUAUCAGAAUUACACAGGCAGGAAAUCAAGGGUCGGCAGCCAAAGGCUUAUCCAAGCCUCCAGAGACUAUUGAAGAGUUCGAGAACCGGACAAUAUGCAACAUAUUUAGACUAUCCCUGGAUGAAAAUAGGCGCACGGAUAUACAUGGCCAGAAGUUGACGUACCUACGCGGAGUACGUCAGGAUUUGGAAGAGGACAAGGCUCCUGUGCGAAUGAGUGUCACCAUUCUCGACCAAGCGUUGCUUGAAGCUGCUUCACAAACAGAUAAUCAAAAGCCUCUUUCAUACUUACUGCCAUGCUGGAAGAGGAUAUCCACCUUAUUCAAGGGUUUUAGGAAGCCGGCAGUUGGUGAUCCUAAAUAUGAUAUUAUUCUAGAGGCUCGACGGUUAUGCAUGGGCUACUGUAUAUUUGCAGCGACAAUGCCAGAGAUGUUCGGUUCAAGUAAUACUUGCUCUGACAAGUUGAACAGAGUCGAAUCACCUCCGUCUGCUCCCCUGAAACCACAUCUCUUAUUGGAUCCAGACGACGAUCAAGGGCUCAACCAGGAAUUUAUUUUGGAGGCUCUCAAACGUGUAGAGGAAGAUGACUCAAUUCUUCCUGCUUUUGUCACAGCGGUUGAGGAAAUGAGCCAGGAUCUCUCAAGGAUUACUCUAGACGAUGAUUAUCAUCCUUAUAUGAUGGCCCUGAGAAAUCUUGUGCGCUAUCCGGCAAUAGCUACCGCUAUUACAGAUUCUCCCAAGUUUAACCCAGCGACUUCGGCCCCUGACUUCGAGACCAUGACUAUUCUUGGCCCUUGGUUUGCCCUCUCUCCUCUCCAUCCUAACGUCACCCUCAAAUAUUUCUCCAGCCCGAAGACUCGUGACCAACUCUUUAUCUUAAAUGCCCAGAGAUCCAUGAGGAUGACCCAGCAACUGGUACAAAGUGAAUUACUUGACAUCAUCAACCAGUUGAUCCGGGCUUCGAAAUCCGCACGAGAACACGUAUUGGACUGGUUUGCGGCGUCCUUGAACUUGAAUCACAAGCGCAGAGCUCUCAAUGUAGACCCUAAACAGGUCUCUUCUGAUGGGUUUAUGUUCAAUAUAACCACCUGUCUAGACCAGCUCUGUGAACCAUUUAUGGAUGCUACUUUCUCAAAGAUUGACAGAAUAGAGCUGGAAUAUGUCCAACGGAAACCACGAGUCCAAAUGAGGGACGAAACAAAAAUCAAUGCUGAUCAAGAAACCUCGGACGCAUUCUACGACAAGACCGUAGACGGCUCAUCAAAUUUCAUUACCGAAAUAUUUUUCUUGACAGUCGCCGCUCACCAUUAUGGCAGUGAAUCAUUGACAACAAAACUUAACGAUCUUCAUAGACACAUUCGAGAUAUGCAAUCACAAAUAGAUCGGUUUGAGCUUGAGAGACCUCGAUGGGCUUUUAACCCUGUCCAGCUUAGGAUGUUCGAGGAAGCCCUCAAAAAGUACAAAGACCGGCUAGAGCUGGGUAUGGCCCUUGAAUAUGCUCUCCAAGGUCUGCUUCUCGACGAACUUUGGCAGUCUAGGUCCAUGCAAUUCAUGAGAUAUGUGAUAGUCUGGUUACUACGCUUGAUAUCUAAGCGUGACUUUCCAAAAGAACAAGUUCAGCUCCCGCUACCAGAAGAACAAUCAGAAGUGCUGAAGUUUCUGCCGGAGUAUUUCCUUGACGACAUAAUCAGCAACUUCAGGUUCAUACUGUUGAACAUGCCCCAGGUUGUUACUUCAACCCAGGGAGAUGAGUUGGUAAUUCUCUGUAUCACGCUUCUACAGAGUUCCAACUAUAUCAAAAAUCCCUUCAUGAAAUCAGGUUUGGUGACUAUCUUAUACUAUGGUACAUUAUCUCGACGAAGCGGGGGGAGAGGAAUUCUCGUCGACAUGUUCAACUCGAUGCCAUUCGCCCUGGGCCAUCUACUCCACAGUUUGAUGACAUUUUAUAUUGAAGCGGAGUUCACUGGCACCCACACGCAGUUUAGUGAUAAAUUCAGCAUCCGAUAUGAGAUAUUCCAGAUUAUCAAAUGCAUCUGGCCCAAUCAGGUCUAUCGAGACAAGCUCUCCGUCGAAGCGAAGAAGAACCUGGACUUUUUUGUUCAAUUCGUGAAUCUUCUCCUGAACGAUGUAACUUAUAUCCUCGACCUAUCAUUCACGUCAUUUAUUAAGAUCCAUGACACUCAAGAGGAAUUGAAUCGAGAGGGAAGCUCGAUGGAGGAGAGCGUUCGAAAAGAAAAGGAAGAGUUUCUGGAUGGGGAGAAGCGUCGUGCAAAGUCAACUAUGCAACUAACCAACGAAACGGUUGCGAUGCUAAAGCUUUUUACCGAAGCGUUGGCUGAUUCGUUUACCAUGAAGGAGAUUGUACAACGUCUGGCUGACAUGAUCAACUAUAACCUUGAUGCCAUGGUUGGCCCGAAGAGCACAAACUUGCGUGUGGACAACCCUGCCGAAUACGGAUUUAAUCCUCGUAAUAUGUUGAACGAAAUCACAGACGUUUACCUGAAUCUGAUGGACAAGGAAAGCUUUAUUCUGGCCGUUGCUCGGGACGGUCGCUCGUAUAAACCGGCAAACUUUGAGAAGGCAGCCGAAAUUCUUCGAAAGUUCGCCCUUAAAUCCCCGGAAGAUUUGGCUAAAUGGGACAAGCUCCAGGCCGCCGUCAAGAAGGCAAAGGAGGAAGAUGAACAGGCAGAAGAGGAUCUAGGCGAGAUUCCGGAUGAGUACUUAGAUCCUCUUAUGUAUACGCUCAUGGAGGAUCCCGUUAUUCUCCCAAGCUCCAAGGUAUCAAUAGAUAGGUCAACUAUCAGGUCCCAUCUUCUAAGCGACCCCAACGAUCCGUUCAACCGAGCUCCUCUGAAGAUCGAGGAGGUUGUUCCUGAUAUCAAUCUCCGAGAAAAAAUCGAAGCUUUCAAAGCGGAGAAACGGGCCGCGAGGUUGGCUGAAAAAGCAGCGGAAAACAGUGACAAGAUGGAGACUGGUGCUGGUUAA